AUGGGCAACCAGCCAUCAAAGGAAGGAAAGAGCAGUGGAUCUCAAACACCUACCGGUUCUGGCCCAAAUCUUGAUUCUUACCCCUCUUUCAGCAAAUCAGAAACUAAGGAAUCAAUGCGUUCCUUCAGAACAGCCCUGCGGACGAAGAUCCCCGGCGGCAAGUCUUCUUCAGACAGUCCACGAGGAUCUUCUUCUGGUCUAGCAGGAGGAUCUACCACGAGUCUUGACAAGACAGAGACGAGCUCUUCCACCAAAUUUGGUUCGCGGCGAGGAAGCUUGGCCAGUGAUUCUACCCCACGACUUGCGCCUGUGUCGAGCAAGGGCGAGGUUGAUGAUGAAGCGGCGCAACCACCACCUUCGCCGACGAUGUCGCCGGGCGUGGGAGGUGGACACGGUAACCUGAAAGAGGCGCAGAGGAGUGGAGAAGUUGAUGCGGUUUCCGAAGGUCCGCUAACAGGGCAGAUGCAGCCGCAGGCGAACAAGGAGCCGAUGGAGUCAAUCUUGGUUAAGAAGAAUGCUCCGGUAGCUGCAUCCGCUCAAGGCGCAGCUGCUGCGCUGGCAAUUGCUGAAGGCGGUGGCUCUACCUCACCUGGUUCUAUGGAAAUCGGUGCGCUCAAGCCUGGAGACCUGGACGAGAUGAUCAAGCGACUUAUCGAUGCUGGAUAUGCCGGGAAGGUCACGAAGACGGUGUGCUUGAAGAACGCCGAAAUUACUGCUGUUUGCACUGCAGCACGUGAGCUCUUUCUCUCCCAACCUGCACUACUCGAGCUCUCCCCACCCGUUAAGAUUGUGGGAGAUGUGCACGGUCAGUAUACCGAUCUAAUCCGCAUGUUCGAGAUGUGCGGCUUCCCACCCAACAGCAACUACCUUUUCCUCGGCGACUAUGUAGACCGCGGCAAACAAUCCCUCGAGACCAUCCUCCUCCUUCUCUGCUACAAACUCCGCUUUCCCGAAAACUUCUUCCUCCUACGAGGUAACCACGAAUGCGCCAACGUCACCCGCGUCUACGGCUUUUACGACGAGUGCAAACGCCGCUGUAACGUCAAGGUCUGGAAAACUUUCGUCGAUACCUUCAACACGCUUCCAAUUGCCGCGAUAGUAGCCGGGAAGAUCUUCUGCGUGCAUGGGGGCUUGUCUCCCAGCUUGAGCCAUAUGGACGACAUCAGGAACAUUGCGAGACCGACUGAUGUGCCUGACUACGGCUUGUUGAAUGAUCUACUCUGGUCCGAUCCGGCGGAUAUGGACUCGGACUGGGAGGCAAAUGAGAGAGGCGUUAGUUACUGCUUCAGCAAGAAGGUAAUCAUGGAGUUUCUGCAGAAACACGAUUUUGACCUUGUGUGUCGCGCGCACAUGGUUGUGGAGGAUGGGUAUGAGUUCUUUAGUGAUCGGGUUCUGGUCACAGUCUUCUCGGCACCGAACUAUUGCGGGGAGUUUGACAAUUGGGGAGCGGUGAUGAGUGUUAGUGGAGAGUUGCUUUGUUCUUUUGAGUUGUUGAAGCCUUUGGAUAGUUCGGCUUUGAAGUCGCACAUCAAGAAGGGCAGGACGAGGAGACAGAAUGAUUUGAAUAGUCCGCCUGCCAGCCGAUACCCGCAAAGCUACUAA